UAAAAGACAAAUUUCUAUUAUGAAGAUAAGACGUCCCAAAAAUAGAAUAUUCACAAACGCAUGUCUAAAUUCUGAUGAGUUUACAGACUUUCAAGAAACCAGUAUUGGGUCUGAAGAAAGAUCGUUUCAAAUAGUUAACUCUCCAAAUGUGGCUACUCAGAGAAGCUAUGUGAUGCCGAUAAGAGAGUAUAUCGAUUUUGAGGGCUCUCAGAGAAAGAAGGUGCAAAAACUCUCUUUCAAAACAAUUUAUAAUAGGCCAUUUACCAACUCUGGAGCAGUACAAAAUAUUUGACUGAAGAAUUAUCUGAAAUUGAAAAAUUCUGUCAAUUUUAACAAGAAAGCAUUCAUUUUAAAAAAGGAAAGUUCUGAUGCGAGUCUUUCUCAGCCGCACACGGAGGCAGCUAAAUUGGCCGUGAAAGUGAAGUCGAAGGGAGCUCGGAACUUGAAACCAAAAAGUUUCCAUUCAAAGAAUACUCAAAAGAAGAAUAUCAAUAGUCCACUUGUGGUUAAAUAACUCCUUUACUAAGAAGGUUGGGCAAUAUGAAGGUUAUGACUCCAGUAGAGUAGUAUUACUCUCAGAUGUUCCUUCUGCUUUCAACUCUGUGAAACUAGCUCUUUCUGCUCGAAAAAAGCCUAUCGAACAUGAAGAAAAAGAGGCUUACAGCCAAGAUCAACCUGCUCAUUCUAAAAAGUUUAUUAGUUUAAACAUUUCGACUGGAGAAGUUGAGAUUGGAGUAAGAACUGAUGAAGCUUCCAAAGAAACCAAUCCUUCCACUCCUGAAGAGUCUAUGAGAAGCUUUCAAGAGGCUAGAAAAUCUUUAACAACUCAGGACAAUUACGUUCCAGUUGAUAAGAUCCUCCAGAAUUUAAUAUCAGAUUGUGAGAAGACCAAGAGAACGAUUCAUUACCCGGCUCCAAAAUCAAAGAAUGGGCAUUUGAAUGUUCCAAAAACAGUAAGCUUGAAAGUACGUGAUCGGGCCAAAUCAGGUGUAAAAAGACUCCUAAAUCUCAAGAAAAGAAAUAUGUUUUAUGAAGAGAAUGACUUGCCAUAUUUCACAGAUAAUGAAACCAAUAGUUUCUGAAGUAAGAAGCUCAACUUGAUGUCGAGGGUUAAGAUGCGAAAAUCUGGUAUAAAGAGGUCUGAAAAGAAGCCAGCCAUGCUUCGAGAGGUUACAAACAUGCUUCCAAGGGUACAAAAUGGUAAUUAAGCC